AUGGCAGAUCCUGCUGAUUAUAAGAGUCUUGAACGUGAUAUUGAGCAAACACUUGCUGCCUUGAAGAAAGGGACCCAAUUGAUAAAGUACAGUCGAAAAACGAAGCCAAAAGUCUGCGAAUUCAGACUUUCUCUGAUAUGCAAAGACAGAGAUGAGACAGAGACAUGGUUUAAAGGCCUUCAGACAUUAAUUUCCGAAGAAAAGUUUAACAGCCGCAUUGAAAGUCAACUUUUUUAUGAUGAUGUUGAUUUUAUCCAACAUGGUCAUCCUUUCGCUACAGCACUAGGAUUUGUCAUAAACAUUAGUAACAAGGUCUCUUUGGAUUUGGCUUCUGACGAGUCUUCAUUGAAUUUGUUAAGUACAUAUGUGGGGUUAGAGGGUGAUAAUAUGCAACCAAGAACAAGUAUUGGAGAUAGUUUUCGUGUGAGUGUGUCAAGUGCACCCAGUGUUUCAAGUGCAGGAUCAGGACCAGAUGACAUAGAAUCACUAGGUGAUGUUUAUGUAUGGGGAGAGGUUUGGGCAGAUGGGGUUUCACCUGAUGGAUUUGUUACUCAAGUUCCUUCCACAACAGAUGUAUUGAUUCCUAAGCCAUUAGAGUCAAGUGUUGUUCUUGAUGUUCAACAAAUUGCAUCUGGCACGCGACACAUUGCUCUGGUUACAAGGCAAGGGGAGGUUUUUACAUGGGGAGAAGAAUCUGGGGGAAGACUUGGUCAUGGAACUGAUAAAGAUUUUGGACGCCCUCAUCUUGUUGAGUUUUUGGCAGUUACUAACAUGGAUUUUGUUGCUUGUGGAGAGAAUCAUACAUGCGCUGUGUCUACAUCUGAUGAUCUUUUCUCAUGGGGUGAUGGUACAUAUAAUGUUGGACUUCUUGGACAUGGAACUGAUGUUAGCCAUUGGAUACCAAAGAAGGUUUGUGGUCCUCUAGAAGGACUUCAAGUUAUAUCUAUAGCAUGUGGCACAUGGCAUUCAGCAUUGGCAACUUCUAAUGGAAAACUUUUUACCUUUGGUGAUGGAACAUUUGGCGUCUUGGGUCAUGGAAAUAGACAAAGUGUAUCAUAUCCAAAAGAGGUGCAAUUAUUAAGUGGAUUGAAAACUAUUAAGGUUUCGUGUGGAGUAUGGCAUACUGCAGCUAUUGUAGAAGUUACUUUUCAAUCUGGUUCAAAUGUCUCAUCCAGAAAGCUUUUCACUUGGGGAGAUGGUGACAAAUAUCGUCUGGGACAUGGAAAUAAGGAAACAUACCUUCAACCCACUUGUGUCUCUACACUAAUUGAAUAUAAUUUCCACCAAAUAGCAUGUGGACACACUAUGACUGUUGCCCUUACUACAUCUGGUCAUAUCUUUACUAUGGGAAACUCUGAAAAUGGUCAAUUAGGAAAUCCUUUAGUUGAUGGAAAAGUACCUAUCCUAGUACAAGAUAAGUUAGUGGGUGAAUUUGUGGAGGAAAUAUCAUGUGGAUCUCAUCAUGUUGCAGCCUUAACAUCAAGAAGUGAACUAUACACAUGGGGCAAAGGUGCUAAUGGUAGAUUGGGACAUGGAGACAUAGAAGAUAGAAAAUCCCCGACAUUAGUGGAAUCCUUGAAGGAUAGACACGUAAAAAAUAUUUCAUGUGGCUCAAACUUUACAUCUUGCAUAUGCAUUCAUAAAUGGGUCUCUGGAGUUGACCAAUCUAUUUGUACUGGUUGCAGACAACCAUUUGGUUUCACUAGAAAGAGACAUAAUUGUUAUAAUUGUGGAUUAGUGCACUGUCAUGGUUGUAGUUCAAGAAAGGUACUAAAAGCAGCAUUAGCUCCAACACCAGGAAAACCCCAUCGUGUGUGUGACUCUUGUUAUAAUAAACUCAAAGCUGUUGAGGCAUCUGCUUCUUCAAGUCUUCACAGAAAAGCUACUACUGCACCUCGCACUUCCAUAGAUGCCAGAGAGAGAUUCGGCCAAGGAGAAAUGAAGUCUUCAAGACUUAUUCUGCCUCCUGUCACAGAACCAAUAAAAUAUCAUCAGAUGAUGACUAAUAAGUUUGGAGGAAAAUAUGAUUAUUCUUCCAUGUCUCCAUCUUCCCAAAUUCCAUCACUUCUACAAUUGAAUGAUAUUGCAUUUCCAAACUCAAUAAAUUCCUCUCAUCAUGUUUUGAAGUCUGCUCUAACUCCUAAUCCACCACUAAGUUCACCUCUCAUUUCAAGACCAUCAUCUCCUUAUUCAAGAAGGUCAAGCUCACCACGUUCUCGAACUUCGGGAUUUUCUAGAAGUCUUAUCGAUAGUUUGAAGAAGACAAAUGACCUUUUAAAUCAAGACAUUUCAAAAUUGCAAAACCAGAUACGAAAUGUGAAGCAAAAACAUGAAAUAGAAAUUGUAAAGCUUCAGAGAAAUGUUAGGGAGGUUACCUCCUUAGCUGCAGUCGAAUCUUCUAAGCGUAAAAUCAUGAAAGAGUUUUUCGAGUCUACCGUAAAUCAGUUGAAGGAAAUGACUGGGAAGCUGCCACCAGAAGUGUUAGAUGAUGAAAAUUGGAAAACCAUGCUUGCUGGAGCUGAAGACUUUUUAAGAGAAAAUUCGGAAUCUGAAACACCAUGUAUAUCAUCAAGUAUGAAGUCUCGACAACAAAAGGUUCCUAAUAGACUCGAUUCAAAUGGUAAUUCUUCUAAAUUGCGAGCACAUAAAAUAGGAGAAAAUAAUGAAAUUGAAAGAGCUGGCUCAUUACUGAAAGAUGAAGGAAAUGUUGAAAGCAACAACUCAUCUUCAUCAAACAAUGAAGCAUCAAUGUCUUCACAACAUUCUGUAAAUGAUUCAAAGUCCCAAGAUUCUUCAAGGCCAAGUAAAGAAGGAGAAUCGCAAGUCAUUGAACAAUUUGAACCUGGCGUAUACGUGACGUUAAUCGUGAAGUCUUCUGGUGUCAAGGUUUUCAAACGGGUUAGAUUCAGUAAACGAAGGUUCCAUGAACAUCAAGCAGAAGAUUGGUGGAACAAGAACAAAGAUAGAGUGCUUAAGAAAUACAGUACUUUACAAGCUACAAAAUCACAAGGUAUUCGGUCAUGUAACACUCUACGGAUACUGUCAACACCACCACUGCCGCCACCCCCGCCGUCAUCCGAUGCAGAAGAACAUAUUGAGGCUACAUCCUCCUAA